UUCUGAUCUUGUCUAGCAGAAGGGUGCGGACAGGUUAGGCGGAUCAUUAAUGCUCUACGCUUCACUUCAGAGAGGCUGUUAACAUUGCAGGAUUUUGAGGGCGAAGAGAAACUUCAGGUGGUGAAAGUCAACAAAUGACUUCUUAAAACAUGUUGGAUCCAGGAUUGAAUGGCACCUCAGGCCUCAGCCACAAUUAUGAAGCUAAUGUUAGAUCACAAGAGUCCAUCCAGGCAACCAUGCAGAGGACCAACACGGUGAAAGAGCUGCUAAUGUUGAAACGCCAGAAAUGGAACUGCUCAAAGGAGGACAACUGCAUGGAGCAUACAUUUAAAUCUGCGAAACAGGAAACUUGUACUGGUGAUGCGAGUCCGCACACGUUGGGCCCUCAUGUACCAGUAAACCCAAAUACCCCCACUCAUUUCCCUCCUGCGUGUCCUGACAGUGUUCACUUAAAGCACAUGCAGAGUCCGGCUCAUUGGGGAAACGUGGCUCAGACUGCUGAGAUCAAAAUAUCUCUGUUUUACUGGCAAAUACAGCAAGCAGAACAGAAAGUUGGAGACAUUUCCCCUGAGCUGCUCACCUGGCAAGAUGCAGAUGGUGACACGUAUCUGCACAUUGCUGUGGCGCAAGGGAGACGGGCUCUGGCUUAUGUGCUUGCUGGAAAAAUGGCAAAAUGUGGCGCUUUGGAUGUGAAGGAGCACAACGGCCAGACAGCUCUUCAGAUAGCCACUGCCAUCAAUCAUCACUUAAUUGUCCGUGACCUGUUAGCGCACGGAGCACAAAUCAACACUCAUGACUUCUGGGGCCGGUCGCCUUUGCAUGUGUGUUCUGAAAAAGGCCACUUUCUCAGUCUUCAGACUAUCUGCAACAGCUUUUUCGAGAGUGGGCAAACCAUGGAUGUUGACAUCUUCAAUUAUGAUGGUCUAACCCCGCUCCACACGGCAGUUUUGUUUCACAACAAAGUCAUUAAAGAGCUAAGGCCUCUGGAAAGUCCUUGUUCUUAUCUGGUAAUAGAGCUGAUGCAGAGGAAACACAUGUUUAUUAAAUGUAUACAGACUCUGCUGCUCAUGGGUGCGUCCCUCACAACCAAGGAUCUCAAAAGUGGGCGGACUUGUCUUCACAUGGCUUCUGAGGAGGCAAACAUGGAGCUGCUGCAACUUUUUCUUGACCAGCCACAGUCACUGUCCGUUGUAAAUGUUAAGACAUUCAGUGGAAACACUGCCCUGCAUAUUGUCAGUGCUUUGCAAAAUCAUAAAAGCCAAGUUGAAGCGGUGAAGCUGCUGAUGAGAAAAGGAGCUGACCCCGGAGCCAGGAAUUAUGAAAAUGAGCUGCCAUCUCAGCUGGUGCCUGGAGGACCCAUUGAUGAAAAGGUGCGGCAGAUCCUGAAGGGGAAAGGGGUGUACGCUUAAAUGCACAAAAACACUGUCAGUCAGACAGUCCACUCUAUAAAACUAUUUGCCAAAGUAAGGCAGAUGCUGGUUGUUUCAGUGAAACAUGCCUGAGUGUUCAUUACCAUGUAAUGCUACAAAAAAGUAAAGCUUUGACUUGUAUGUAACUGUUUUUUUUAGGCUGAUAGUUUACAAUGAUACUUAAGAAUUGUGAUCACAGUCUUGCAACAAUUGCUGACAUUAUUUUUGUAAAAAAAAAAAAAGGGUUAACGAGGGUUUUUUCUUUAAAACUGUGGUGAUAACACUGUUGUACCUAUUAUUAAUCCAUGGUAUAAUGUCAUCAUUUGUCCUGUUGAAAAUAGAACUGGCUUUGAAAAUACUUAUAGUUAACAUGAUUUGUUUUGUAAUAUUACUAUUAUUGUUGAUCAUGUUGAGACAUCAGAUAAUCACAUCAUUUUAUUAUUUUCUUGUGAAACGGUUUUUAGUUUUAAAGAUUUAAGAUUGUUAACCAUUGUUAAAUCCAUUCUGGAGCAAUUUUGUAUUCUCAACAUGCUAGAAAUGAACAAGAUAAAUGGAAUGUCUGUUAAAAUAAAUAAAGUAGUUAUCAUUCAGUCAUGAAAACGUCAUUGUAUAGUAUGAUGUCCAACAUGACGUAAAAGCAUCUUAGUAUGACAAUAAUG